GUAUCCGCCAAUAUUCCCCAAUACAUCUGCUGCCUCUAGUCUGUUUUUCUCCCACCUAAAAUAUGAAACAGUCGACGUCGUUUAUGCGUGCCCUAAUUCCUUAAAACAGAAUCUGAUUUCUGAUCGAUCUUCUCUGCUGUUUUUCAUCUCGCUGUGAGUUCAUCCGAAGUUUCUCUUCGUCCUUUCUUUCUCGGAGCUUCAAUUCGGAGCAUCACGUUUUGCUCGGAAAUUUGCGAUUCGCGUAUUGGGGCAGAACUUGUUUUUGAUCAUUCAGCUGAGACAGAUCGCAAUGAAACAGUCUAAAGACCCUUUUGAGGUUGCCUUUGAAGAGCAAGAAGAGUCACCACCUGAAUCUCCCGCUGGUCCUGAUGAGAAUGAAACUCAAACACUAGUGGCUGCCAAUGAUCAGGGAGAUGAGGCGGAUGCAACUCUACAUCCAUCAAACCCUUCUGCCGCGAGUUCUUCCAUAGCAAUUGGUACUGCCGGACCAAUUGGGAAGUCGAAAGAAGAUGAUGAUGAGGAAGAUGAAGAGAACAUGGAAAUUGAGCUAGCAAGACUCCCUAAUGGCGACCCUGAUCAAAAGGCAAAAAUGCAGUCUAUUUUGUCGCAGUUCACUGAUGAGCAAAUGAAUAGAUAUGAAUCAUUUCGAAGAUCCACUUUGCAAAGAUCUAACAUCAAACGGUUGCUAACAAGCAUUACUGGAAGUUCAAAAAUAUCAGUUCCUAUGACAAUUGUAGUAUCUGGUAUAGCGAAAAUGUUUGUUGGAGAGCUUGUGGAAACAGGUAAUGUUUUGGAUAAUGUUUCUUGGCACCUCUUGACAGAGAGUUUUUAUUACCAAAAGACCAACAAUUAUUCCUUGUUUGAUCUGAAACAUGUUAAAAAUAUCUUGCUACACUACGUGACAUUCGAUAGAAGUAUGCACAGUACACGAAUCGUAUUCAUUUCUAGUGGGAACUAGCUGAAAGACUCUUGUUUAACCAAACUCUUAUGGAAGUUUUCUGAUUUUCAUAGUAUCGUUAUCCUUUGCAUUCAUCCUUGCAGCCCGAAUUGUGAUGACAGAAAGAAAAGAGAGAGGACCGAUCAGGCCCUGCCAUAUCAGGGAAGCGUACAGAAGACUAAAACUUGAGGGCAGGGUCCCAAAGAGAUCAGUUCCGAGGCUUUUCCGGUAGACAGAUGUAGAUGGUUUUUUUCUCCCUGUAGAAUUUUGUAUCUUUUAUUUAUUAUUUUUUUUGAAACUUUAGAAUUUUGUAUCAUUCAUUUCAUUCCAAUCAAUCAUCAUUUUCUUUUAUGAAACUUCGAGAGUAGUAUUUUGUUUUUUUUUUUUUCAUGAAGAGUGGUCUUACUCUGUUAUAAUAUCCCUUUACCGUCACAAGUAUUAUUUGCACAGGGAGGGCAUUGAAGUUGGAUAUUUAAAAUUUAUCAAAUUGUAUCAAAACGUUUCAAAUUUAAAUUCUUUGAACUAAGUAACGCUUAAAUUGAUACAUUUUUUAGAUGUGCUACUCCUGCCUCGAUUAAAAUUGUUGGCUAAAAGUGAAAAUUUUAAAUUAAAUAAUAAUAUUGAGAUACCGUUUGUGGCCUAAAGAUUAUCUUCCACUUUUUCUCCCUUUUGGUACAAUGAAGGAGGUC